UUCACAUCCGCCGCCUUCUCUCCAGCUAGGGUUUUUGAGUUAUUAACAAAAGCUAUCACCUUCGAUAAUCUUCUUCAAUUUGAUCGAUGCACUGCUAGGGAAGGAUUUCCUUUGAAACUAUUCAAGUUUCUUCAAUGGCCGGCGCAAAAGUUCAGGUCAAUAAGCCUCAUAAGACCCGCUUUGCUUCGAAGUCGUCUCGCAAUGUACACAAAGUGUCUCUUCAAGAUAAGAGCAAGGCUGCUAAAUCCGAUCGCAAUGUUGGAAAAGGUGCUCGUGAAGUUAGAUUGCAACGCAAUAAGAUGGCAAUGGAGCAGAAACGUGCAGCCGUUUUAAAGGAAAAAAGGGCUUCCAGUGGAUCAGAGAGCUCUCCCCGAGUCAUUGUUCUUUACGGUCUUUCACAAGCCGUUGAUUUAGAUUCACUUGAAAGGGAUCUUCUCACUUUGUUAACCGCGAAUGAAAAUAAUGCAAACACAACAGUUGCUUCUUCGGAAUACAAGCUUAGAGCAACGGUGAUGAAAGCUCCCCAUGGAGACUUAUUGUCAAGCAUGGAGAUGGCCAAGGUCGCGGAUCUGCUUGUUUUUGUUGUUUCUGCUCACACAAAUAAAGAAGGUUCCACUGGAUCUUAUAUUGAUAAUACUGGAUCUCAAUUCCUUUCUGUGUUCAGAGCUAUUGGUCUUCCAAGCACAACAGUGUUGAUUCGUGAUCUACCUGAUGAUCCAAAAAAGAGACAUGGUGCAAAAAAGAUAUGCACAUCGAGCCUUGUUUCUGAAUUCCCACAAGAUUGUAGAUUUUAUCCAGCUGAUACAAAAGAUGAGUUACACAAGUUCAUGUGGCUCUUUAGGGAUCAAAGGCUAUCUGUACCACAUUGGAGAAACCAACGGCCAUAUCUCAUGGCACAGAAGGUUGACAUGGUAGAUGAUGAUAACAACACAGAAGAAUGCACUCUACUUCUUAGUGGUUACUUGCGUUCUCGCAGUCUCUCCAUAUAUCAGCCGGUCCAUGUAUCAGGUGCAGGAGAUUAUCAGAUAAGCUAUAUUGAAGUUCUUAAAGAUCCAUGCCCUUUGAAUACAAGGAAAGAAAGAGAUCUCAUGGAUGCAGAGGAGGCAUCUGACUUUCAGGUCAUCAGUACCUUGAUUGCGGAACAUAAAGUUUCUCUGCCGGUUGAAAAUAAACCUAAAGCUCUAGAUGGAGAGCAGACAUGGCCAACAGAAGCUGAAAUGGCUGAAGCUGACAGAAACCAUCAGGAGAAGAAGCGUAAAAAAAGGAAAUUGCCAGUGGGCACCUCUGAUUAUCAGGCUGCGUGGAUUGUGGAUGACUCUGAUUCAGAUGAUUCAAUUAUGGAUAAUGAUGGGAUGGUAUUGGAUGAAUACACGGCUUCUUUAACUGGGCACGAGGACAAUAAAAAUUUGGAACUUGAUGAUGACCAGGCUUCUCUGCAAUUCACUGCGAGAGAAUCAGAUGAAGAAACUGAAGUUGAUACUGUCAUGAUGGAAGGUGAAAACCUAACAAGGGAGCAGAUAGAGGAAGAGAUUAAAAAAAUUAAAGAAGCCCAUGCUGAAGAUGAAGAGUUCCCAGAUGAAGUAGAUACACCAUUUGAUGUUCCUGCCCGUAAACGCUUUGCCAAAUAUAGAGGUCUUAAAUCCUUUAGGACCUCUUCAUGGGACGCCAGAGAAUCCUUGCCUUUAGAUUAUUCCAGAAUAUUUUAUUUUCUCAAUUUUGCAAGGACCCAAAAACACGUACUUGCAGACGCUUUGGCUAUGGACGAACUUACAAAGGCUUUGGCUAUGAAGAAAGAAAGCAAUUUAGUGAGUGUGCCACCAGGCACGUAUUUGAGGAUAGUUAUCUGUAGAGUAGCAAAGUCUGUUGCGCACAAGUUGUGCAAUAUUUCAAAUAAGAUGCCCAUAAUAGCAAGUGGCCUAUUUGAAGAGGAGUCCAAAAUGUCUGUCCUCCAUUUUAGCAUAAAGAAGAAUGAUAAUUAUGAGGCACCUAUAAAAGCGAAAGAAGAAUUGAUAUUUCAUGUUGGUUUUCGCCAAGUUGUCUGUAGGCCAAUAUUUUCUUCGGGUAAUAUAACUGUGGACAAAAACAAGAUGGAGAGGUUUCUUCAUCCUGGACAGUUUUCUAUAGCAUCCAUAUAUGCUCCACUUUCGUUUCCUUCUCUUCCGCUGGUUGCAUUGAAGAGGGGCGACGAUAGCACAUUAACUGUAGCUGCGUUUGGAUCAUUGAGGAGUGUUGACCCAGACAAAAUUAUCUUGAAGAGAAUUAUUUUGACUGGUUAUCCUCAGCGUGUUUCCAAAUUGAAAUCCUCUAUAAGAUAUAUGUUUCACAACCCAGAAGAUGUCAAAUGGUUCAAGCCUGUUGAAGUAUGGUCCAAAAACGGUCGUCGUGGUCGGGUGAAGGAGCCUGUUGGUACACAUGGUGCUAUGAAAUGUGUGUUCAAUGGUGUUCUUCAGCAGCAUGAUACUGUAUGCAUGAGCUUGUUCAAGCGCACUUUUCCCAAGUGGCCUGAACACAUGUUCCCAAUUCAUUAGAAUUGUUCAUGAUUCAUGUCAUGAAUGGGAAUGAAGCUUUGGUUCAGAUUAUUGAGUUAUUUGCAACUUUUGUUUUAGCCUGAAAACAACAAAUUAGUAUUUCUUUCUGAGUUUUGAUAUUUUGAAAGUUUGGUGUGAUAUAUUUAUUUUAACAAAAUGAAGAUAAUCAUAUAACUAUUUAUUUUAUUGAAGGAGAAACAUUGCAUUACAUA